UUAGACGUGCCCGUGUCCGCAGGCCGCAGCAGCCAUGGCGCCCAGCCGCAAUGGCAUGAUCCUGAAGCCCCACUUCCACAAGGACUGGCAGCGGCGAGUGGCCACAUGGUUCAACCAGCCCGCCCGCAAGAUCCGCAGGAGGAAGGCCCGCCAGGCAAGGGCUCGGCGCAUCGCUCCCCGUCCUGUGGCUGGGCCCAUUCGGCCUAUAGUGAGGUGCCCUACGAUCAGGUACCACAAAAAAGUCCGCGCUGGCAGAGGCUUCAGCCUGGAAGAGCUUAAGCUCGCUGGCAUCAACAAAAAGUUCGCCCGGACUAUUGGAAUCUCUGUGGAUCCCCGGCGACGUAACAAGUCCACGGAGUCCCUGCAAGCCAACGUGCAGAGGCUGAAGGAGUACCACUCCAAGCUUAUCCUCUUCCCAAGGAAGCCGGCUAUGCCGAAGAAGGGAGACAGCUCUGCUGAGGAACUCAAGAUGGCAACUCAGCUGACUGGACCGGUUAUGCCGAUCAAGAAUGUUUUCAAGCGGGAGAAGGCUCGUGUUAUCUCGGAAGAUGAAAAGAACUUCAAGGCUUUCGCCAGCCUGCGCAUGGCUCGAGCCAAUGCCCGGCUCUUCGGCAUCCGCGCAAAACGCGCCAAAGAGGCGGCUGAGCAGGAUGUGGAGAAGAAGAAAUGAGCUGUCAAUAAAAAAUGUGGAAACACGA